GAUACCAUUUGUGUCUUCUAACUAUAUAAAUGUCAAUAGCGAAUCUUUCCUAACCUCUUAUGCGUGUUUACAAUUUAAUAAACAAUCGUAAAGUUGUAAAUUGUAAAUUACAAACAAAUAUGAUAUCUUUAUUUAAUAAAUUCUUCAAAUUGUACAUGUAAAACCAUCCCUCACACUACUGUGGCAUCUAUUAGUAGCUGCAAAGUGUAUAUCAAAAACAUGUCAACUGAAGAAGGAAAUCGCACUGGAACUUUGCAAUCUUUAGAGGAAAGUAGCCAAUCUGUUAGCAGUACAUCCCAACAUGCAGGAAACAGCCGGGAAGCUAACAGUGCCAGACCUCAAGAGCAAAGUAGCCGCCAAAACAAUCUUCAAAGAAUACAACAACGAAAACAGCAAAUGUUAAAUUUACCACAGAUGAAAAAGAUAUUGAAAAUUGCAACUUACAGUGCAUGUAAAGUCGAUGAAUGCAAAUGUAUCGGAUGGAAAAAUCCUCAGUUACUGACCAAAUCUCCUAAAAGUGACUCUCAACAGCCUAUUAUAAAUUUUUUCGAUCCAUGUAAAAGCUGCACCCACAUUUUAGAAAAUCAUGUUUCUCACUUAACCAAUCAAUCGGAGGAGGAAAUCAAUAAAUUAUUGUGCAUGGUCAUAGAUGCAGACAAUAUUUUCUUAGGAUUACAAAAAGAGGAAGAUCCUGAUACAAAGAAAGUUUAUUUUUACUUGUAUAAACUUUUAAGGAAAUGUAUACAGUCGAUGACAAAACCUACAAUAGAAGGUCCUUUAGGACAACCACCUUUUGAAAGACCUAGCAUAGCAAAAGCAGUAAUGAACUUUGUCGCGUAUAAAUACGGGCAUUUGCCGCAAAGAGAUAUGCAAGCUAUGUGUGAUAUGGCAAAGAUGUUCUUGCACUGUUUGAAUCAUUGGAACUUUGAUCCUCUCAGUGCCCGAAGAGGUACAAUUAGCGUCGAAGAUGCCCCCGCGUAUAAAAUUAAUCAUACACGCUGGCUAGUAUUUUGCCACAUACCAGCAUUUUGCGACUCUUUACCUCACUACGAUACAUCGUUAGUUUUUGGACGAACGUUCGUUCAAGCUAUUUUCAAACCAGUUUCUAGACAAUUAUUAGAUAAAUGUCAUAGCGAGCGAGAUAAGUUAGCACCGGAGAAGAGAGUAAUAGUCCUAACUCACUUCCCUAAAUUUCUCUCGAUGUUAGAGGCAGAAAUUUAUUCGGAUAAUUCACCGAUCUGGGAUCCUGAUUUCAAGCAAGUACCUCCUACUUACUUGCAAAGCGCGUUAGAAUCAAAAUCGAAUCAAGGAAGAAGAACAGGCGAAUUUGAAAAAGUUACGAUCACGCCAAAUGAUAAAGAUAGUUACACAACGAUUAAUAUAAGUCCUGGUAUGAAAAAAAUUCACGAAAAGAGAUCACAUUCCGAAGGACGUUCGGAUGUAAAAAGGAGGAAGAACGAAGAAAUCUUCGAAGAUUUACCCGAAGAAACUGUUGCUGAAAUCGUGGCAACUAUUAACGAUCCCAAUUACAUGUGCGGACCUGAUGCGGUAUUUCCUCCAAAUGUUCCGCGAGAUGAAACUGCUAAGAUCGAGGAAAGCCGAAAAAUUAUCGAAUUUCAAGUUGUCGGGAACAGUCUGACACAGCCAGUUUCUAAACAGACGAUGCUUUGGCUGAUAGGAUUGCAUAAUGUGUUCAGUCAUCAGUUACCUAGAAUGCCAAAGGAGUACAUAUCUCAACUAGUUUUCGAUCCUAAACACAAAACAUUGGCCUUAAUCAAAGAUGGUCGACCAAUUGGUGGUAUCUGUUUUCGAAUGUUUCCUACUCAGGGUUUUACAGAAAUAGUGUUUUGCGCUGUCACAAGUCAAGAACAAGUAAAAGGCUAUGGCACACAUUUGAUGAAUAUGCUUAAAGAUUAUCACAUAAAAAACAACAUAUUACAUUUCCUCACAUUCGCCGACGAAUUUGCGAUAGGUUACUUUAAGAAGCAAGGCUUUAGUAAAGAUAUCAAAUUGCCGCGAUCUAUGCAUCAAGGAUAUAUUAAGGAUUACGAAGGUGCAACUUUAAUGCAUUGCGAAUUAAACGCUAAAAUUGUGUAUACCGAAUUUACAGCUGUUAUACGAAAGCAGAAAGAGAUUAUUAAAAAAUUGAUUCAUCAAAGACAACAGGAGAUACAAAAGAUUCAUCCUGGUUUAACGUGUUUUAAAGAAGGGGUUAGGGGAAUUCCUGUUGAAUCUAUUCCUGGCAUUCGAGAAACUGGCUGGAAAAGUUAUGCUCAAACGAGGACAAGGGGGGUGGCUAAGGGUACUCAAGGGCCAGAACCAAUGGAAGCGUGCUUAGACAUUACCGAUUCACUAUACAAUGCUUUGAAAAAUGUUUUGAACAGCGUAAAAAAUCACAGUACAGCCUGGCCAUUCUUGAAACCUGUCGACAAAAAUGACGUUCCGGAUUAUUACGAUCACAUUAAGUAUCCUAUGGAUCUCAAGACUAUGACCGAUCGACUAAAAGCUCGAUAUUAUGUUACAAGAAGAUUAUUUAUCGCAGAUAUGACACGGAUUUUCACAAAUUGUCGUUUAUACAAUAGUCCCGAUACCGAAUAUUAUCGAUGCGCAAACGCUUUAGAAAAAUAUUUCCAAACGAGGAUGAAAGAAAUCGGUCUUUGGGAUAAAUAGAAAUAAUUAUAUCCAGAGCAGACAUGUUGAUUCCAAUUUUUUUCCUUUUCCUUUUUUUUUUUCAUUUGUGCAUUUGUAAGUGUAAAACGUAAAAUUGCGGAACAAUGAAAAUAUAUAUUUAUUUAUUUAACUGUC